AUGCUCAUGGCGAUGUAUAUCGCCGCAUAUUGCGCGAUCACCGCGCGUGAGAUCAUCGGAGACGAUGGUUAUGACGAUUUGCAAGUGGCCGCCAGUCAUCACGGCCAUCAUCACGAGAGCGGCGGUGGCGAAGAGCAUCAUUCCGGUCAUCAUCACAAGUACGGCGGGCAUGGUCACAAGGGUUACAAGCAUCACGGUCACGAUGAGAAGGGUGAGAAGGGACAUCAUGACAAGGAGCAUAAUCACGGCCACCACGACGAGCACGGAGGGCACAAGAAGCAUCAUCAUCACGACGACGGCUACCAUCACGAGCAUCACGAAGGCAAGAAGGGAGAGAAGGGUCACAAGUUCCACGAAAAGGGACACUUCGGCAAAGGCCACAGCACUCACGGUCAUCACGAGGUGAAGAAACACGACGAAUACAAGAAGGACAAGGAGUUCUUCGACGAGGAUCACGACGACGGUCAUCACGAGGAGCACGGCGGCCAUCAUCACGAGCAUGGUCAUAAGAAGGGCGGUCACUUCAAGAAAGGCCAUCACGAUCAUCAUCAUCACGAAGGUCAUCACGGUAAGAAAGGUCACCACGAGAAAGGUCAUCAUCAUCAUGAUCACAAAGGUCACAAAAGCGACGGCGGUCACGACGAACAUCACGAUCAUCACCAUCAUCACGGCAAGAAAGGCGGUCACGAGGAUCACAAGAAGUGGGAGUACAAGAAGGGACACUAA